AUGCUCAUAAGCCAAGAUAUUGAAAAGUUAAAACAUGAAAAUUUCACACUUCGCACCAAGUUGGAAAACUUGAAAAGUGUACAUGAACUGGACAUUCAAAAUAAGGGAGCCUUGAUUAAGCAAUUGACAGAAAAGAAAGCAGAUGCAGAAGCAAGGGCUAUGUAUCAUUUAAAGAAGAGUCAAGAAGCUAAUGAAUUGUUAUUUACAGCAACAAAAGAUCAUGAAGAAGAGAGAAACAAGCUGAAAGACGAAAUUGAUCUGCUGAAAGCAAAACUAUCGGAACUAACAGCAUCAAAGCGAGCAAUAGAACGUGAAAAUGAACGACUAGUGGCAGAAAAAGAGCUUGACAAAAGCCAGAGUGAUAACACGAUCAAUAGUCUCACGUCAAGUGUCAAUUCAUUAAAGAAUAUGCUUAAAGAAAGAUCAGAUACAAUACAACAAAUGUCUGAAAAGAUGACGACACUCACAUCCACUAUCAGUGAACUGAAUCAAAAGGUAGAAGAUGCGUCUAAAUAUCCUGGCGAUCCUAAAGAAUAUAAAAAGCUGGAAGAACAGUAUUUGCGCGUCUGUGAGCAAAAUCAGGAACUUGUAUCUGAAACCAAAAAGAUGACAAAUAAAUUGUCAUACUAUGAAGACAUUGUGAACGAACUGGCCAAAUUCAAAGACGAUAACAUGACAAUAAAGGAAAGCCUCGAAGAAAUAAGCAAGAUACGCAAAGAAAAUGCGCGCUUGACUCUUGAAAUAGCCAAGCACAAAGCAGAGAGAGAAGAAUGGACUUGUUACUUGGAUACUCAUCCCGAAUUGGGAAAACGACCACCACAAAGUGUUAUCAGAGAGCUAAUGCAAAAGGUUUUAGAAGAUAAAUACUUGCGACAAGAAAACGAAGCACUUCAGCAGAGGAUUAGUGAUACAGUCAAGCUCACUUUUGAAUUGGAAAAUCAUAUUGAUGAAUUAAAAAAGAAAGUAUUAGAGUACAAAACACAGUAUCAGCUCGUACUCGUUGCAAAGGACACUAUAGCCAGAGACAAAGAAACCCUUCAUUUACAUAUCAAGUUAUUACAAGAUCAAUUGAAGAUGUAUGAUCAAGAAGAAAAGACAUACAUGACCGCCACCUAUGAUGAAAAGAAGUCUGCAAGAAUUGAAGAAUUAGAAGUGUUAUUAAAACAGAUGCAGGAAAGAAUUGAGGAACAAAGCUUGGAACUUGCCAAUACAAAGUUAAAUACUUCUCCAAACAUCGAAGUUCCAAAGGGCCCUUCAGAUGAAGUAAGCUCUGGUGCGUCCAUUAAAGAGAUGUUGGCCAAUAUAGUGGAAAAUAGUAAAACCCACUUUGAAAGUAUUUCGAAACUUAUCGUGGAAAAUGAUAUACUCAUAAAGAAAGUACAAGGUGCAGAUAAAAGAUGUGAAAUACUAGGUGAAGCCAUGAGUCAACAGCAGAAUAUGGGAGCGAAAGAUAAGCCAGAUACCCCUUCAGGCCAGCGUAUUCUCCAACUCACCGACAAUCCAGAUAAUAUAAUCCGAGCUGUUCGAAGUGAUAUCUUGAAACGAUUACAGGAAGAAAAUCGUUUGUUCAUGGAAGAAAAGUUAAAUGCUACUACAGACAGCACUGAUUAUAUUCCUGUGCCCAAAACUAGUAUUCUUAACUUUCGAAAGGAGAUUGAGAGCAAGGAUAAGCGCAUAAGUAGACUGUUGACUGUCUGGGAGAAUAAAUUGCGCUCAUUGCACGAGACAAUACAGGGUUUAUUGGGUUAUAAGGUCACACUUCGAAACGAUGGCAUAGCAAGUCUAGAAAGCAGUUUUGUGGAUAAAGAGCAUCUCAUGUUCCUUGUGAAUAUUAAUCCUGAUACGGAUGAAGCAAGGAUAAGAAUCACUGGCUCUGAUAAGGACUAUUAUAUGGAUACGCUACUUCAAGAUGCGUAUCAUACGUAUAUCGAGCAAGGCAAGAGUAUACCAGCGUUUUUAAAUGCUGCUAAUCAAGAACUGUACGUUCAAUAUAAACAAAAACAAGAAGAAAACGAUUCAGAUCAACGAACCGUAAUGGAAGAUGAUGAAAUGUAUUAUGAGGAUAUGGAAUAA